CCUUAUUGCUGCAUGUAGCACUGUAGAAGUUGUGAGUCUGAGCUAAGCUAUUAUAAAUACAUUCCUAUAGACCUCUCUCUGUACUGAAACUGAUGUAAAUCUUUUCAUAACUCUUUCCGAAACUGUUGGACUGAUCCUUUAAUACUUACCUAUGAGGCUCCUGUAUCUUCAACACUCACCUGAGGAAAGGGAUCAUCUCACAUCACUGUUAUUCUGUUCACCUGAACAUUUUCACUCCGUCCAAACUGAUUUGUUCUCAGCUGGUGAAGGAAUUGAUCUCUUUGAGCGACUUGUCAUUUCCUGCUUGCUUUUCAUGUAUUCUUCAUUUCAUGUUUUCCUUUUCUCCAUUUCAUUUUUCCUCUCAUUCCUAUUGUGUCCAUACGCCGAUCUACAUUUCCUUCCAUCCUCCGAUCCAUUCAUCUCAGCACAACCUCCAUCCUCCAGUCCCCAAAUCUACCACCUGAAGCACUUAGACCACUCCUCAUCUCGACCCCAUUCCUCCUCCUCCUCUUCCUCCUCCUCCUCCUCCUCCUCCUCCUGCUGGUACUCUCCUAGCAUUUGGCCCAGUGGUGAGGAGUGCUGCCAGUACAUCCAGUGGGCACUGGUGGCUGCCUACUUGCUUCUCUUCUUCACAUCUUCCUUUCUGGUCUGUUUCUCUGACCAUCCUACCAUAUGCCAAUGUGGCCCCCAUCACACCCCCACGCAGGGGCCCAGCCCCCAGCAUGGGGCACCCCUGCCCAGCAAGGGCCCCACCGACUCCCAGUGUAAGUUCCAUUUCCCAGGGGGAAGCUGUGAGCUUCAGCUCCUUCUGAUAUACAAUAUAAGCAAUAUUCACAUGAAGUAGAAAUGUAAAUUGUGAAAA